AUGGGAACAAAUCUAUUCAAAUUAACCUCGGGCGAAGUAGAAACGCCCUUAGAAGACAAUGCUCCCGAAUUUGUAUUCAUAACUGAACCUUAUACGAGUAAUUCCGAUCGUCUAAAUAUUAACAACUGUGAUUAUACUCUUUAUCAAUUCCCCACUUCCCGCCCUACUCUUGCUGCUCUUGCUAUACGUAAGAGCGUAGCCUCCACUCUCGGUAUCUCCUCUCACUCCACCUCUAAUCUCUGCAUAGUUCAAUGCAGAGAUCGAUCGUCAGCUAGGAAAUUAUUUCUUAUCUCUGUUUAUCUUGAACCUCGCCACGAUCCCUAUAAUACUCUCACUAAUUUAGAACAUUUUAUUUUAUUUUAUUCUAACGCUUCCUUUCUCGUUUGUGGCGACUUCAAUGGGUGGCACACUUUAUGGGACUCAAGAGCGAAUAACAUCCGCGGAGACCUUAUUUUCGAUCUUAUUUGUAACAAUAAUCUCAUCAUCCAUAACACAGGCAACUCACCCACAUUCCACACAGUUACACAUCAACUCCCACGCGAAUCGAUCAUUGACCUUACAUUAACUAGUAAUUGUUCUCAUAUUCACAUAAACAACUGGUCUGUUAAUCCGGGAUUAGUUGUCAGUUCUGACCAUUUUGCUAUUACUUUCAAUAUCACUUUCAAUAACAUUAUUCUCACAAACAACAAGAAACUCACCACAUUCCGAUACAACACCGCCAACGUUUACUGGGAUCAGAUUAUUGACAACUUUUCGGGCGAAAUUAGGGCCAGUCUGCCGCCGAUUGAAGCCGUCGACUCCGCCUCUCCUCAAGACCUUGACGUUAUUAUCGAUAAACUCAACAGUACUCUUAAAAGGACAUGUGACAAACUGCUUCCCCGAUCCCGUUAUACUCCCCCUAGAGCUCCCUUCUGGAACGACGAAUUGCAGACACUGAAGAAAAAAGUACUUCACGCUCACCAUAGACUUUGUAGGUUUGUCAGACGUAAACUCCCCCUCCAGGACGCCAUUGCCGAGAGGGAUAGAGCUCGACAAGAAUACUCUGCGGCCUUUUGCGCCGCCUCAACUAAUAGUUUCAAAGAUUUUUGCACUAAGCAAACCAAAGAAGAUGUCUGGUCUGUUACAAACCGCAUCAUAAAAACAAAGCCCUUUUCUCAACCCCCCUCCACCCUCCGUCUCGGCGAUGGCUCCUAUACAACCUCCACUACUGACACCGCUGACGCUUUAAUUAAGAAUUUUUUCCCAGACGACACUGUUGACGAUACUGACGCUCAAAGAACCACAAGAACAUUAAUGACCCAACCCUUAGAUACUCCUUUAGAACCGAAUUUCACUUACACCGAAAUCCUCAACGGACUCCGACACAUGAACCCCAAAAAAGCCCCUGGUAUUGACCAUUUUACAUCUGACAUUUGCCUCCAGUUUGCCACUAAAUUUCCUGAUUUCAUAACCUCCUUAUAUAAUAAAUGCCUAACCCUAAAUUACUUUCCCCGACCCUGGAAACAUGCUGUCGUUAAAAUCAUCCCUAAACCUGGUAAAGACAAUUAUUCCCAAUUAUCCUCUUUGCGUCCCAUUGGCCUCAUUAAUGUUCUUGGUAAAUUAUUAGAGAGACUAAUCAUUGACCGACUGACUUACCAUCUGAACCGAUGCAGUCUCAAUAAUAGCAGACAGUUCGGGUUUAAACAGCAGACCUCCACUUCUGCAGCAAUCAGCACUGCCCUUGAUCUCAUCAGGUCAAGUAAGGCUAACGGGGAGCAUGUCAUCGCUGUCUCCCUGGACAUCAAGGCCGCGUUUGAUAACGCGUGGUGGCCUGCUGUUUUUGCCCGUUUACGUCAUUACAACUGUCCUAGUAACAUUUAUAAAAUUCUUCUGAGCUAUAUUGAAAACCGAACAGUUGGUAUAGACUUCUCUGACACCUCCAUUAGUAAACCUAUGUCCCGAGGCUGUGUCCAGGGAUCUGUGUGUGGGCCCACUAUGUGGAACCUAAUCAUGGAUGAACUCCUGGACAUAGACCUCCCAGAAGGCUGCCACAUCCAGGCCUAUGCAGACGAUGUUCUACUCAUUUCCCAUUCCCUUUCCCUUCCCGAUUUACAGCUAAUUACAAAUACUGCACUUGAAAAAAUUUACAACUGGGGCACGAGAGCUCGGAAUGAAUUAAGUAAAAUUGUUAGUUAUAAUAAUGAUUCGGUAAUGCAAUUUGGCUCUGAUGAAGGUAUUACUUUUAUGCAUAGUCCCCAAUUUGCACCUCACAUUGGGGGUCAGUUCGAGGCUGGAGUGAAGUCUGCAAAGUUUCACAUCGAAAGAGUAUUGACACACAUUGACAGACAUCUGACAUAUGAAGGAAUAGUCUACGCUCUUUUAUCAAAUAGAGGCCAUACUGAACUCACGUCCACUGUGUCCUUUAUCGUCGGACCCGGCCGAUUUAAGCCCACUGACUCCAGGGGGCCUACCACAAACUUUUAA